GUCCGUGUCGGUGAGGCCCAGCCCUGCCCUGACCGCGCAGCUUUGCCUCCCGGCAGGAGAGACCAUCCAGGGCCUGAGGAGCAGCCUGCUGGCGGCCAUCGACACCCUGUCUCGGGUGGACUCCUCAGUGGCCGUCUCCUCCGGCGGGGAGCUCUUCCUGCGCUUCAUCAGCCUCACCUCCCUGGAGUACUCGGACUACUCCAAGUGCAAAGAAAUCAUGAUCGAGCGCGGGGAGAUCUUCCUGAGGAAAGUCUCUCUCUCAAGGAACAAAAUCGCCAAGCUGUGUCAUCCUUUCAUCAGAGAUGGUGCUCGAAUAUUGACACAUGCCUACUCAAGAGUGGUCCUCAGAGUGUUAGAAGCAGCUGUUGAGUCAAAGAAGCGAUUCAGUGUUUAUGUUACUGAAUCACAGCCAGAUCAAGCAGGGCAAAAAAUGGCAAAAGCCCUGAGGAAGCUGAACAUUCCUGUGACUGUGAUUCUGGAUGCUGCAGUCGGCUACAUUAUGGAGAAAGUGGACCUGGUGUUAGUUGGUGCUGAAGGUGUAGUUGAAAGCGGAGGCAUUAUUAACAAGAUUGGCACUAAUCAAAUUGCUGUGUGUGCCAAAGCUCAGAAUAAGCCAUUUUAUGUGGUAGCAGAAAGUUUCAAGUUUGUAAGACUUUUCCCUCUAAAUCAGCAAGACGUCCCAGAUAAGUUUAAGUACAAAGCAGAUACUCUGAAAACAAGUCAGAAUCUAACAGAAGAGCAUCCCUGGAUUGACUACACAUCACCAUCACUAAUUACGUUACUGUUUACAGACCUCGGUGUGUUAACUCCAUCAGCUGUCAGUGAUGAACUUAUUAAACUCUAUCUGUAACAAAGAGGACUCAGUGUACAGGCUGCAUCAUCUUCUUCAGCGACUAUCACAGGUGUAAGAACUUGGAAAAUGAUACAAGUUAUAUGGACAUGGUAAGGAGAUGAUACUAUAAAGAUUAAUGUAAUUAU